ACCCCUAUUAUUUUAUACAUAUAUAGACAACUAAUUACCUAAAACCUAAAAUGAUUUUUUUUUCUUCUAAUUUUUGGUAACCGAAAGAUAAAACUGAAUUUAUCAAACAAAAAGCGCUCUUCUUCCUCUUCUUCUCCUUCCUCACUUGCCACAUCUCUCAAGAGCCUCAGAUUUCUCUAAACACAGCAAAAAAACACCCCAAAAAAAGAAAAAGAAAAUCCUCAUGUGCCAUCGCUCUAGAUUCAGCAGGUAUUCUCUAAUCUGCGAAUCGAAUUCCGAGUAAACUGUACAGUUUUUUCUUCUCCAUUCUGUGUAUAUAUACAUAUAGAUAUAUGUAAGUAUAUGUAUAUGUAUAGAAGCUUGCAGAUUCACCUUGCCUUGGAUUGCUGUCGCUUUGACUGUACGGACGGCGACAGGUUAGGGUUUGUGAAUUGGUUUUUUUUUUUUUUUCAUCAAACAGAUCUCGACCUCACUGCCAGAAAUUCUCAGGUUUAGUUGAAGAAACUGUAAUUAGCUGAUCAAGGAGCUUUGUUUUCAAUGAAUUCGUGUUGGUUUUGAACUUGCAUGUGUUGUUUGAUAGUCUGUUGAGAACUGAUAUAUACAACAAAAGGGGAAAAGAAGUUAUAUGUAUAGGGAUAAGGUUGGGCAUUUAGGGAUGGUGUCUGGGAAUGAACGCGUGGAGUCCAUUUUUAAUCCGUUUCAACUAGUUAAGGACGUGUUUACGCCGCUUGAGUCUGGUAUAAAGAAGGCGGCGAAAGACAUUGAGCGUUGUUGGCCAGGUUCGAAGAAUGGGGGUAGUAAUAGCCUUGAAGUGGUUACGGCACAGUUGACUGGGGUUGGGGUUAGUAAUGGGAAUAAGGUUCGGGUCUCGUCUGCAAAGGAAAAGAGUUGUCAAUGUGUGGUGGGUGAUGAGAGAAAGAAGGGUUUGUCGAUAAAGGUUCCCAUUAAGGCGUUCUUGGGUAUCUUUACGCAAGAUUGUGGGGGUCACGGACAUAAGAGUGACACAUCGAACAAAGGGUUGAAAGAGGAAGUUGUUGAUGUGGAUGGGACUUGCCCGAAAUGCUUUCAGUUUGCGGUAACGUGGUCGUUGCUGCUUAAUGGCUUUGUUCAGGCUUUUCCGGUUUCCUUUAAAGCUGGUAAAAAGCCGGUUGGAAAAACGGUUGGUGAGGACAAUUGUGCGGAUACAUAUGCACAUGCGUCCAAACCGAGGGUUUUGCAUGUCGUGAAGCGAAAGGAAACAAAGGGUCAUUUUGAUGCUACUUGUCGGAAGGAGGAUUUAAAACUUAAAGAAGGAAAUAUUUUGUCGAUUGAAUGCUUUAUAGGUUUCGUAUGCGAUCAAUUAACUCAAAAUCUUGAGAAGUUCGAUUUGGGCAUUCAAGAAAGUUUAUGCAAGAGUAGUGUUUCACCUCUCACUCCUCACCCUACCAAUCAAGUCAAUCAUUUGAGGACAGUCACGAGUAUUUUGGAAGGUAAAAAGGCAGAUGUAGAUUGGUUUUUGAGAAAUUUGGGGUUUGCCAGGGUGGGAGGUGUUCCAUCGAGUAUUGUGGAAGCGACUUCUGUUAAUGAGGAGGGUGAUGAUAGUGCCGCUGCUAGCAACAAGGCAGAAAGUGGGCCUAGUUCUGCACAGAAGCUGGCCAAUGGAUUGCUUAGUAUUCCUUUGUCAAAUGUUGAGCGAUUAAGAUCUACUCUGUCAACUGUGUCAUUGACAGAGCUAAUUGAGCUUGUACCCUAUUUAGGGCGACAUUCCAAAGAUUAUCCUGACAAGAAGAAGCUAUUCUCUGUCCAGGAUUUCUUCAGAUACACAGAAUCCGAAGGAAGGAGGUUCUUUGAGGAGCUGGACAGGGAUGGCGAUGGUCAAGUUACGCUGGAAGAUCUUGAAAUUGCUAUGAGAAAGAGAAAACUGCCACAUAGAUAUGCACGUGAAUUUAUGAGCCGUACAAGACGUCACUUAUUUUCAAAAUCUUUCGGUUGGAAACAAUUCUUGACCUUGAUGGAACAAAAGGAAGCAACCAUUCUACGAGCUUAUACUUCUCUCUGUUUGAGCAAGUCUGGGACUCUACAAAAGAGUGAAAUCUUGGCGUCACUGGAAAAUGCAGGACUUCCAGCAAAUGAGGAUAAUGCUGUCGCCAUGAUGAGGUUCCUGAAUGCAGACACAGAAGAAUCUAUUUCUUAUGGACAUUUCCGGAAUUUCAUGGUUCUACUUCCAUCUGAUCGACUUCAAGAAGAUCCCAGGAGUAUCUGGUUUGAAGCUGCUACUGUUGUUGCUGUUGCACCACCUGUGGAAUUGCCUGCUAGCAGUGUUCUUAAAGCUGCAUUAGCUGGGGGCCUGUCAUGUGCGCUGUCUUGUUCGUUGAUGCACCCAGUUGAUACAGUAAAGACUCGAGUACAAGCAUCAACACUUACCUUUCCUGAGAUUAUUUCAAAGCUACCAGAGAUAGGAGCCCAGGGGUUGUACAGAGGCUCCAUCCCAGCAAUUCUUGGACAGUUUUCGAGCCAUGGCUUGCGAACUGGAAUUUAUGAAGCAAGUAAGCUUGUGAUACUAAAUUUUGCUCCAGACGUUCCAGACAUACAGGUUCAAUCCGUAUCAUCAUUUUGUAGCACUUUCCUGGGGACAGCAGUGCGGAUCCCAUGUGAGGUUUUGAAACAAAGGCUACAGGCUGGCAUUUUUGACAAUGUGGGGCAGGCAAUUGCUGAGACUUGGAAACAAGAUGGUCUUAAAGGUUUUUUCAGGGGAACUGGUGCCACUCUCUUUCGGGAGGUUCCAUUCUAUGUUGCAGGCAUGGGGCUCUAUGCUGAAUCCAAAAAGGCUGCCCAACACCUUUUGGGACGGGAGCUGGAGCCCUGGGAGACGAUUUCUGUUGGGGCUCUAUCCGGUGGACUAACUGCUGUCAUUACAACACCCUUCGACGUUUUGAAGACCAGAAUGAUGACUGCUCCAGGUGGACGCCAAGUGUCAAUGUCACUGGUGGCCAUUUCUAUUCUCCGUCGCGAGGGUCCCCUGGGAUUGUUCAAAGGAGCUGUGCCCAGGUUUUUCUGGAUCGCGCCGUUGGGUGCCAUGAAUUUUGCCGGUUAUGAGCUUGCUAAGAAAGCCAUGGAGAAGAACAAGGAGCAAAAUGUAGAGCAGAUAUCUGAAAAGAAGUUAGCCAGUUCUGCAUAAGUUCUCUUUUUGGGUAAAAUGAUAAGGGUUAUCUCGGAUUUUUUUUUUUUUUCAAAUCAUAGCAUGAGAAUGCUGCCAGAAAUUUUGAACUUUUUCCGAAUUUUGGUAGCUCAUUUGCUUCUAAUUUUAUCUGUCGACGUCUCUCCGCUUUCCUUUUCAGACAAAGCAAUCUCUUUCUUCUUUAGUUGUUUUGACUUGUGAAUUGGCUGUAAAGGCAUGCACAUAUGUUCCUGGUUUAGUUUUGUAUUGCGUUUUGUAUAGCCAAUGUACAGCUUCUAGUCGUAUUUCCUUAUACUAGCAUGAACUUUCAAUUCUAA